AAAUACUAAUCUGUUGAAAAUUUUUUCUUCUAUACCGAACGUAUUUGUUUCUCGUUACCAUCGAAACUUAUUUGACGUUUCUCAAUUUAUUUUUCUUGUCUUGAUUGCUCGGUGAAAAGUAUGCUUUUAUAACAUGGCAGCGGUACACCUAGCAAAAGAACAUUUACCCUCCACCAAUACGAAAACGAGAUUUCAAGAACAGAUACGUUUAAAAGAACUGAAAUCACAAAAAGGCCUCGGCUUUACUAAACGCCUAAAUAAUAUCUUUUCUGGAAAAAGGAAGUACCUAUCUUAUAGGCAUUACAUAAUUAUUGUCUUUAGUUUCCAAUUACGAUGUGAAACGAUAAUAGCUUUCGUGCACUGGACCCUACAUUACGGGGCUGUUAACAUGUUUGUCGGUUAUUGUAUAAUAACUGCAAUAUUCGAAAUGCCUCUGAUGUUACUGUUCACGUUUUUGGGUAUGUAUUGCCGAAAAACAAUCAUAGGAAUUUGGGACUGCCUGCCUGUUAUGAAGGGAGUUGCAAUUUCCGUUUUAUUGCUAAUCACUUUCGACAACGUGCUGGAUGCCUCUUACGCGUCCCUCGCGUCCCGGUAUCUCUUCGAUAUAUUUUCGUCGCCGUUACCGUGGUUCACUUGUAAUUUUAGAGGGGCCACGGAAUUCUGUUAUGUGCCCUUUGCAAAUUUUACCAGCGAUAAAUACAAUACCUCCUGGGAAGAUGACUGCUGCGGAUUAGGAUACGAAUUCGAUAAUUGCGUAGAAAAAUUGCCACCCCCGCAAUCAGCUGCCGAGUUUUUAAGGUACAACAAGGAAGGCUAUAAUGUACAAGGGGAGGAUUUUCGACAAAUUAACUUCGAAUGGGCCCUUUCCGUUGGCAUAUUUUGGACAAUCAUUUACUUUUCUGUAUUACUCGGUAUGGAAAAGAUGAAGUUCUUUAUAGUUAUAUGUAGUGUGUGUGCCUGUAUCUUCCCCGUGUUUAUCUACCUGUUCAUUGCUCUAAGGGAGAGCAAGGUUUAUAAUGAAACUAGACUCAUUAUACGAAAAAGUCCUUUAUUUGACAAAACGUUUUGGAUGCACAUUGUUAACAUUACGACGAAAUGUGCAACGCCGGGCUUCCUCGUUUAUGUAGCGUCCCUCGCUCCAGACGACGCUGAUCCACUAAAAACAACUGUACUGACGACGAUAUUUAGAGCUACAUAUUUAAGUUUGGGAUUUCUUGGUGUACCAUCGUUUAUCGGAGGUUACUUGGAGGAUUUCAACGCUCCAUAUAAGUGUGUCGGUGGCAGAGGACGUGUAGCAAUAUUUGCAAUGGGUACCCAUUUGAUAUCGAUAAUUCCCGGGCACGUCUUAAUUCUCCUUCUAUGGUUUACAUCGAUAACAUUUCAAUGUGUUAUGUUAACUCUGGCGCACGUUUUGGCUGCAAUUGACUCAUUGGCCGAUGGCAUUCCGUAUUUCUCCAAACAUCGAACUGUCGUAACUUUCGUUUUCGUUGCAGUGUCUUACGCUUUCAACUGUCUCGUCGCAACAGCACAUCGAUACGACCUUUUCUUUUCCCUACGCAAAUCUUCUUUGAUAAUUGUUCAAAUGAUAAUUUUUUCUCUGAGUUUGAUUGGAAUCGUUUUCAUAUACGGAGCGCACCGAUUAAAAAACGACUAUCAUUUCGCAUUUAAUCGACCCAUUUCGAAUUACUGGAUCAUGUUAUGGAAAAUCGAUGCCAUUUUAUCUUUGACGUUCCUGUUUUUUAUGGUGGAAUCCGCUCGCGUAGGUCUUAGUGAAGAAACCUACAAAAUCGCCAAUUACAUCGUGCUGGCCGUAACGAUUUCUCCCAUUAUUGUUUGCUUACUGUGGAAAUAUUACAAAUGUUUAAAAUAUCAGGACUUGUCAUCGUUUUUUAAAUCAUCUGCAAAAUGGGCCUACUAUCAACACAGAAAGGCUCGUUUCCGAAAAAUAUUCAACCCUAACAAGCAGAAAUACAAAAAUGUUACUCUAAAAUGUCAACACAGGUGUCUAACAGGAUCUGUUCUUUUCAAGAAAGAACUUGUCAGACAGGAAUCAAUGCUGCAAAUUUUUUCAACGAAACACAACGUCGAGAAUGCGGAUAAUUUCAAAUUUGACUGAUGACAUAAAUUUUUCGAAAGUUCAUUAUUUGUUGCAUAAUUUAUGUAUGUAUUUUAUUGUUUUAGUUCACCCUUUACAUAAUUAUAUUUAUUGAAUGAC